CAAGCUUCGAUUACCUUGGGUCGCGAGGUGAUGAAACGAACAGCUGAUUUAGAAGAGCAUUCUGUCGCGGUCAAAACGCCAUAGAAGACGGAGGUGAAACAGCGGUGCGUCGAUAUUUUUUUUUUUCUUUCAGUCCUUUUUUUUUAUAAUUCCUCUGUCUUUGCCGAUUUUUCUUCAACGUUUCUUCGUUCAAAGAGAUAAAAUGGGGCAAGACUACGACAAUACUGCUUUUACUGUGCAAGAAAGCAGUAGUUACCCAGGCGAGACUUCCCAAUCCUUCAAAUCACCCCCAAAACGGCGAAAAAUGUCAAUUUGCCAAAUCGUUCUGCUCGUCCUCGGCGUGUUAGCAGCUGGAACUGGUUUCGCCAUGUUGGUCGGAGCCUACGACGCCAUCUUUGAUUCGGUGUUACAAUCGCAAAUGCAAGUGACGGAAGGAUCACGAGCCUAUGACAUUUGGCGUUUAACUCCGGUGCCGCUGUUUUUACGUCUAUAUUUCUUUAAUCUUACCAAUCCAGAUGAAUUUGCGAAAGGAGCUAAACCUAUCGUCCAGCAGGUGGGCCCGUAUUGCUACAGGGAAUACCACGAGAAGCAGAACCUGACCUUUCACCCCAACUACACCGUGACCUUCUUCCAGCAGCGUUGGUGGCACUGGGAUCAAGAAAUGUCUGGCAAUAAUACGAGAGAUGACGUCAUCACUAUCGUCAACGCAGUGCCGAUUUCAGCAGCGUGGAGCGUGCGAUCCCUGAAGCCAGCCCUGAGCAGUCUCAACAGUAUGUUCAACCUCCUCGGCGAACAGCUGAUCGUCAGAGCCACCGCCGGAGAAAUCAUAUUCGAUGGAUUUCAGGAUCCGCUGCUGGACUGGAUGCAGGAGAACAUGGUCGCGGAGAACGGUACUCUGCACAACAUCACCGAUUUGUUGCCGAUACCGCCCGGGCUCACCGAUUACGAUCGCUUCGGAUGGUUCUACGGGGUGUGCAAGAUCGACCUGUGGAAUCGACGCCGUGAAACCGACUUCUUCGACGCGCCUUGCAACCGGGUCUCCGGGUCGGCGGGCGAGAUGUGGCCACCCAACCUGAAGAAGGACCUGGUCGAUUUCUACAGCCCGGAUCUGUGCAUGACCAUGAAACUCUUCUACAAGGAGGAGUCACGUGAUUCCAACGGCCUCCCGGGAUACAGGUUCUGGGGUACAAACAACACCUUCGCCAACGACUCGACUGUUCCGGGGAACCAGUGUUACUGCGUGAAAGGGACUUGCGCUCCGAUGGGUAUGUACGGCCUUAUUUAUGUUCAAGUGUAUGUGGAUGGCCUGGAGCCGGACGAGGACAAACACGCUUUCCUCAUGGAUGUCAUACCGGAACUUGGAACGCCUAUGUAUGUGGCAGCCAGGAUGCAGAUCAACAUGCGCGUCAUACCGUACAAGGGAGGGUUUCUCGGAGGCAAGAUUGACAUCCUGAGCGAAGUCCCCGACGUGUAUCUGCCGAUGCUGUGGUUCGAGGAGAUAGCGGAGAUGCCCCGCGACAUGGCGAGUGAAUUGAAGGCCCUGCUCUUCAUCAUGACCACGCCCACCAUGGACGUCAUGUUUUCGACCAUGGUUCUCCUGGGGUCUUUCACCGUCGGGCUCCUGGUUGGGUUGAACUUCUGCCGGAGGAAGACCACGUUAUACAAACUACAGUCAGACUUCAAAAACAACACAGAGCUUAAACUAUAUAGGAUUCCCUGCAGCAUCGCCAGUACUGCUUUUGUUUCUCUUGUAUGGCUUGUGCCUGGCUAUGUGAUACCAAACUCUCAGAUUCCUUUGGAACACGAGAAAUAA